AUGCCCAGCACCCCGACUCCAUACUGCGUGCCGCUCCCCAUGCCAGGCGAGUCGAUCAUCACAGUCCCCUAUUGGUACAAGCAUGAGUGGAAACGCGCGAACACGCGUGUCCAGAAGCCCGGGGUUGCCGUCCAGCGAGGUCCGACACGCGCCGCGCAGGGCAUUAACGUGAGUAUGGGCUACAUCAGCAACCACGAGGGCGUCAUCGCCACCGGAUUCGAGGCCACCGGCAUGCGCAAGACGUUUUACGAGUUCUGUGUUUACCUCUGGUCUGUGAAGAUGGCACCAAAGACCUGGAACCGGGACGCCAACCCCUGGGUGAAGGAACGCUACCAUGCGUUAAUGAACGCGCGGCACCCUGUCUUACAGUACUGCGAAGCCGGCUGGUGGGCCGAGCAGAUCGCAUCAGAUAACUACUCUCAAUGGAGAAAGAAACAUAUACAGUACCUCGCGAACCGACAGAAGCGCAAAGCCGCCAAGUGCGAAGCGAAGAAGAAGCAGCAGCGCAAGAAUAACUCGAAGAAAAAUCGGAAGCGCAGGGAGAAGGAGAACUUUGAUCACACCGAAGAGAGCAGCAACGCAGAAGAUGCUGAGUCAAGCGACGAGGAUGACUGCGACGACGACGACCAGGACGUCAAGGGUGCACAAGCGGUGGGGCAGUUCUUCGACCAGGCAAUGUACACCAUGUCCGACGUAGCCGCGGAGGUCCCCUCUCCAGCCCAUCAAAAACGUCGGGCCGAGGAAGCCUUGGAAGUCUCGACCUCAGCAGGACCGUCAUCCAAAAAACCCCGACUCUCGGUCAAAACCGACGCCUCCGUCACGCGUGGUCUGUCCGUUGAUGGCAACACGCCCUCCGGCGCGUCGUCCGCCACGAGCUCUCGACCGUCACCCGCUAUAUCCCCCACCAUACCCUCGCCCUCCCUGGACGAUAAGUCCGAUGAGGAGUUAUGUGUGCCGAACCCCUUUGCCAACAUGUGGGGCGAGAGCGACGGGCCCGCCGUGGAAGAGCCAACGACCGCCCCGGGACAAUCUGCAGGCAAGGCCCCGGCUACUACUACAACCACUACGACCACAAAUGCCGCCGCAAACACCACCGUGACCACCACAAAGGCCACGACCACCGCUGCCUCGGCCAGCGCUGUGCCCACCUCUGUGACGACCGCCGCGGCCACCACUGUGCCCACCUCUGUGACGACCGCCGCGGCCACCACUGUGCCCACCUCGGUGACGACCGCCGCGACGACCUCUGUGACGACCUCUGUGACGACCGCCGCGACGACCGCUGCAACCACCGCCGCGACGACCUCUGCGACAAGGGCUGAGGCUGAAACGGCCCACGUCAAGCCGGAACGGGCCCGUGCUAAAGGGAAGGCAGUCGCUGUGUGGCCGCCUCUGCCGCGCGACGACGUCAAGCUUAAACCCAAGGAGGCGUGUGCCAUUGUCUGGGCGAAGCACAACCCAACCGGCACCAAGCAGGACUUCAAUAAAUGGUACGUGAAGCGUUCGCAAGCGGUGUGCAAGGUAUGUGCUCUACAGUGGAUCUAUUAG